GAUUGGAGAAAUCUGCAAAAGUACAGUAAUGGUAAAGAAUAAAGAGAAACAAUAUAAUAUAAACUUAAAUCUACAAUACUAGUGGGCUUUGAUUGAGGACUGUGUUUUCAAUGACAGAGGUAGAUAAGAAGAGCAUUAAGACUCUCAUUGAGAAAGCAGAAACUUUGCAUGAUAAGCUCAGUGAUGAAAUCAAAAACUGUUUUAGUUUCUGCAGGGUUUGUUCAGAACAUGGUCUCUACUGUGGUGUUGCAGAGACCCCAUAUGCAGAGAGGGAGAGAUUGAUUGCUAUAAGAGAUUUAUUGAAGGAAGUUGAACACAAACUUACGUUUUUACAGAGGUUGCAGUCUUGGCAGUCGAUAGAUAGGCAAGCAGCUCUCACACGUUUGGAAAAUAGCAGAUUAUAUCUCAUGGAACAAGUAAAAGGACAUCAAGGGAAAGAAACUGACGUGGUGAAAGAGCUUAAUGUCUGUUUUGGCAACAUAAUAACUGCUUUCAGAUGUAAUUUCAAAGAAAACACAGAAGCUAAUCCCGGUGUUCAUAAUGGCAAGGGAAGGAUUUCAAGCCUAUUCACGAGCUUCAUUAAAUUUUGUUUCAAUCAAUGGAGAUGGCGAAAAGCUGUUGGAAUUGCAGUCAAAUUGUUAGCAGUUUCAUCUUUAAUCCAAUUUCAUCAGUCUAGGCAAAAGUGGUCACAGGGAAAAAAUCAUUUUUCUGUUGAUUCAACAAACGUAAAAGAAUUAAAUAGCCCAUUAAUCAUGAUCUCCAAGAGGCCAUCAGAUGUUUUCUAUGGUAGGGGAUAAUUUUCCUUUUUAUCUGUUUCUUCCAAUUUUUUUUUUUCACAGAAGUAGAAAUUAGAGAAAUAUUCAUAAAAAUAUGUGGGUUUAUUUAGAGAAUGCAAACAUAAAUUAUAAGGUAGAUCAAAUUAGUAUCGUAUCGUAUAAUUUAAUAUACCAAUGUAUAUUUCUUUUCAUUUAUAUCAUAUUAUGUUUAGUAUAUUGUAGCAUACUAAUCACCGUAUAUUAGUAAUUUGCUUAACAAAUUGGAUUUGGUAUUCGUCAUGUGUUGAGGCCACAAACUAGGCCCAACUCAAGCCCAAACUAAAUAAAGCAUUUUUUUAAAAUUUUAAAUUUUAAUUAGAGAACCAAAGUUUGCGUGCCAUCUUUAUUUCCACUAUUGAAGGAGAGGGGCCACGUCAUUACACGAUUGGUUCAUUGGCGGCCUAAUUCCCACGCCACCAAUCACUUAUGCGCUCCUCGUUCCCUUCCCACGCAACGCAAAUUAGAAACUCUUGGAAUUAUAAAUUAAGCCGUGUCUAUUUUGAUAUAACUGUCUUGUUUGCUUGUUCGUCAAUUCAACCAAAGCCUCAUUUGAUAUGUCAAAUUAAUAACCAAGCCAAUGAAAUUCUGUUUUGGAUUCUUUUGAUCUUGUGUUAAAGA